UUGAUUCACGUUAUCAUUGAAUUAGCAACAAAUUUAAAUCUUGGAAACUUAAUAACGAGAUAGAGGUUUUUCAUUAGACGUAUGGAGACAUCCUAGCAGUACCUAUAUUGGAUACGGUCAUGCGUCCCGGAUGGAUUGGCUGGUUUUGGCUGGGAGUUUUUACACCCCUGCAACUUGAUCUGGCGGGCAGCCACAAGACGUCGACAAUCCGCAAGACGGCGAGCCUGGGCGGCCAGCAGACGCUGGACUGCACGCUCAAGUUCCCACACAAUGAGCCCGUACCCUACAUUAUCCAGUGGAAAAAGGAUGGGCUCGCCCAGCCCAUCUUCAUCAAGUAUGACGGCUACCCCGCACAGAUACCACAGCAACGAUACCGAAACCGUAUAAAACUCAGUGGGGAGGUGUCACUCAUGGUGAGUUCUCAUUUAAUACAUGUCGUCGUAUGUAAGAACCUGUUAGAGAUGCCCAUCUUCAUCAAGUAUGACGGCUACCCCGCUCAGAUACCACGCGCAGAUACCACAGCAACGAUACCGAAACCGUAUAAAACUCAGUGGGGAGGUGUCACUCAAGGUGAGUUCUCAUUUAAUACAUGUCGUCGUAUGUAA